AUGCACUUUUGCACUGUAUGUUGGAUAUCAAUUUAUGACAAAGACAAACCAAAAGCAUUCGAGAAAGGAGGGGAGGAGUACCGAAAUCUCACCACACCAAACGCACGCAAAAUUUUUGUCAAGGAACAUGCGACUUGUUACACGCAGUUAUCUCGCCUUCUCUAUUUCAACCUUGUUGAGCAGAUUGUUGUCGAUCCAAUGCACAACUUGUUCCUUGGCCUCGUGAAAACUCACUUCUAUAAUAUAUGGGUGCAGAGCAAAAUUUUACGACCAAAUCAUGAGCUAGAGGUCCUUCAUGAGAUGCUCGCAGACUUUGUUGUACCAGGCUCAUGUGGCAAGUUACCAACGGAUAUAGGGAUGCCAUCGGGAGGCUCGUUAACGGCUGAUCAAUGGCUUCUUUUAUCAACAGUUUAUGGGCCAGUUAUUCCUUUUAUUGCUCAGGUUCCUCAGUUAUGGAGUAAGUGCCUCCCAACUGAUGCAGAUCAGGAGAUCUUGAAUCAGCGAGCCGAGAAAUUUUUACAAGCCACUCUCAAGGCGGAUGAGAAGAAUGCACUAGUGGAAGCAAAGAAGAAAGGGAAGGAUGCAUAUGCAGCCGAAAAAGCACGCAUCAUGAACGAGAAGGCUGAAGUGGCUGAAGCGAAGAGGGUUGCUAAGUUGCAUGCGGCUGCAGCGAAGCAGGCAGAAAAGCUAUAUGGAUCAAGUGUCAGCAAGCCAAACCACCAUUAUGCGACACAUGUUGCUGACUGUACACACAACUUCGGGUCUCUCAACAACUUCUGGAUGUUUCUGUUUGAGCGACUCAACAAGGUCCUCAAGUCUUUCAAAACAAACAACCACGCAGAUGGCGAGCUUGAAACCACGUUCUUUCGGGAGUUCCAGCGGACGUGUCAGACUGGCCGUUUGGUGAGUUAG